GUCACGAACAACACUGGCAGUUCAGUGGAGUUCUAAUUACGGGGCAUGGGGUGGUGGUCACAUGCGGAUGAUCAGUGACGGGGAGUUGGCUGCGGAGCUGUCUUACUGAUAUACCCAUAGAAACACCGGGAGCUCACGUUAGCCAUUAUGUUUGAAAGCCUGCGGGAGCGGCUGCUCAGUGUUCAGCAGGACUUCACCAGCGGGCUAAAGAGUUUAGGGGAUAAGUCAAGAGAAGUGAAAAUAAAAAAGCAAUACAGGCAAGCUGAGCAGCUCUCAAAGUUUCCUGCUGGAGCAGAACUCCUUAGCAGGUAUGAAGAUACCUGGGCUGCACUCCACAAAGUAGCAAGCGAUUGUGCUAAAGCUGGAGAGCAGGUAGAUGGGGAGGUUGUGAUGCUAUCAGCACACUGGGAGAAAAAGAGGAAUAGUCUUGUAGAACUGCAGGAACAGUUGCAACAAGUGCCAGGAUUUGUAGCAGAUCUGGAAUCUCUUACAGCAAAAUUAGUUGCACUGGAAGGAAGCUUUGAAGAUGUUGAAAGAUGCCUGUUGGAACUUGAAGACAUGUGUGAACAGUGUGAAUUACAGAGAUUUAAGCAUGUGCAAUACAUGCAGCUAGAGCAAUACAAGAAAAGCAAAAGGAAAGAACUUGAAAACUUUAAAGCUGAGCUGGAUGCAGAGCAUACUCAGAGGGUGCUGGAUGUGGAGCAUUCCCAGCAGAUGAAGCUGAAAGAGAGACAGAGGUUCUUUGAAGAAGCUUUCCAACAAGAUAUGGAGCAGUAUCUUUCGAGUGGCUAUCUGCAGAUAUCAGAAAGAAGAGAGCCAAUUGGAAGUAUGUCGUCAAUGGAAGUCAAUGUAGACAUGUUGGAGCAGAUGGACCUGAUGGACAUGUCAGACCAAGAAGCGCUUGAUGUUUUCUUGAAUUCCGGAGCAGAGGAGAACAGUGUUCUUUCUCCUAUUAUAGGCCCGGAGUUUGAUUGCCAAAAUGAGAUAACCCUGCAGGUUCCCAGCCAGGCUGAACUGAGACACAAACUCUCUUCGCUGUCUUCUACAUGCACCGACUCUGCCAGCCCAGAGAAUAGCGAAGAUGGGGGAGAGUCACCAGUUAUCCAAUCAGAUGAUGAAGAUGUUCAGGCGGACUCUGUUCUUACUGGCCUAGACACCGUUGCAAACGUGACUUCAGACGUCAGUGAUGAAAGUGAUGCUCACACGGCAUGAGCACCAGCAUCUUUCUCUCCCUUGUUGCUUAUUGACUCUAAAUGAAUGAAGCAAAAGCUAGUGUUUUCCUGUAAACCCUAACCUUCAAGAAUAUCUGAUGUCACUGGAGAGUGUUGUGAUUCCCAGGUGUCUCGGAAUCGAUGUCUCUUGUUUUUAUUCCAUGUAGUUCUGUACAGAAAUAGAGGGGAAAUCUAUUACCAAUAGAACCUUUCUACCAGUGGUGCAACAAUAUUGAUUUGAAUGUUGAAUUCCUGUAUUAUGUUCCCAACUCAUUGGAGAUCCCCGUCACUUCAUACUUGACUGUGGUUCUGAGGAGGAGAGAUCUACAUUACUCCUGUUUAUCAAUUUUGAUACAUAAAUGUGGACCUACAUAUCGAGUUCUGUUGGAUUUGUGGCCUAACCUGAAUCUGUGAAAGCUUAGGCAACAUUCACUGUAACAAUCUCUAAGCUCACUGUUGUACUACGUUGGAGAAUUAAUUAAUAAUAAGACCUUUUUAAACCACGGGAUAAGCCAGGCUUGAUAUUUGAAGGUUAUAAUAAUGAACCUUUACUGAAUAAUAAAUAGAAAUGGCUGAGUUUCUUACCAUUAAAUACAAACAACCUUUACCGUAAAA